UGUCAACCGAACCUAACCUCAAAAUUUGAACAUGGGGAAAGCGCUGUCAGUGGUGAAAAACCCUUUCAAAAACUUUAAUGUAGAAAGUAGGGCGCACAAAGUUAUUUCGCAGGCGAAACCCAAACCGGCGCCUAAAUAUAAAGCCGAUGAAGCUACUUUAGAUAAAUUAAUUAAAGAAUAUCCAGAGGUUUAUGAGGAGAGUCAGAAGAAGAAUCCAGAGUUAAAUAAGUAUUUAAAGAAUGUUUAUGUUACCUCACAAAAUGAAAAUCCAAAAGUUCCCGAAAACCCCAACAGGCCUUUGCCAGCCAAUAGAAGUGCGGUGGAUAUUUACGAAUUCGGGUUUCAAGACCCAGAAAAUGUACCCUUAGGCAAAAUAUCUCUAAGAAAUGCUUUGCAAUUUAUUACAAACCAUCAAGCCGAUCCCAUAGCUGCUACAUCACAGUCUAUAGCUAAGGAACAUUCAAUUCCUGAGGAGACAGUUAAGAAUGUUUUAAAUUAUUUUAAAGUCUACGAAGUUUAUGUUCCUGUAAACAGAACAGCAAAAGCGAAAUUUGCUGGUCCCAGUCAACCAAAAGUAGAGAUUAUCAAGGAGGUUAGAAAGGCUAUAGACUCUGGCCAAAAAGAACCUGGCAGUUAAUUAUGUACUUAGUUUAAAUAGUUGUUGUAAAUAAAACGU